AACACGCAGCGGCCGCUCCGCGCUGCGGCCGGCGCAACACGCACCACAGCACAACAAGACACAGCGCAGCACCCGGCAGGUUCGAGGUCAUCAGGCGGGUCCGGGCCGGCCGCGCCAUGGUUGAGGGCAAGCACUACUUCUGGGUGGAGCGGACGCUGGGCUACGCCGACGAGGGCGCCGUCGCGGCCGGCGUCGACGUGGACGGCUGGGAGCUGUACGUGUGCCGCAGCCGGCACGAGGGCGACCUGGUGCCGGGCCGGCUGGCGCCCCGCGACGGCUGCGCCUACGUGCCCUGGGGCGGCGGCGAGCACGUCAAGCUGGAGUACGAGGUGCUGGUGGUGCUGGGGGGUGAGGGUCGGUGGGUUGCGACGCGCGGUGGCUGUGUGCCUAUUGAGGCACUGGAGGCUGGUGCUGCCGGCAGCGAGCCGCUCUUUGUGGGCAGGGCCUGCUUCGAUGGCUUGCUGGUGCCUGGCAAGGUACACCCAAGCCACGGUGUGUGCUACAUCUCAUAUGGUGGGGCAGAGAUUGCUUGCCCGGAGUACGAGGUUCUCGUCAUACACAUAUAGACAGUGCCUCCUUGUAUCAGACUGCUACAUCUGAGGAGCAUCUCAACCUCUCCUCACUCAUUACUUCCUUCCAUUUUAAGGAAACAAGUGUCACUGUCGAUCUCUGAAAAUGUCCUGUGAUAUAUAAUUUUAUGUCUUAUUUAAUACCAGAUGGAGCUUAUAUCCAUCUGCAAUGCCAAACAAUGCAAGUCAUAAUUUUAGUACACUUUUUCAAUUUUUAUAUUUUCUUACUGAUUCCAAGCAGCUCAGUGAAUCCUAUUGAUCACUGAGACAAGUGUUUUGAGUGAAAUGUAUAUUAAUGUGUUGCACAUUACUGCUUGUUAUAGGUAAUAAAGUUCUUUUACAACUUCAGUUCAUCCAUUGCUUUACUCACAUUCUUCCAAUAAUGACAUAAUUUCUCUUAUAAAUAAUGACACAUGAAUAUUUGAAUAACAUAAGAUAAAAGUCUUAGUGUAGGAUAAAAUGUUCCACUUGGAGGUGAGUGCAACAAUAUGAGUAGCAGCUAUAUACAUUCAAUGUUCAUCCUUGUUAGCAAGUUUGUUGAAGCUUUUUGUAAUAUAUAUUUGUUUUGGCAACCAUGGUCACUCAGUUCUAUGAUAACAAGAAAAAAGAAAAUUGUGAAUGUAAUAAUGGAUCUAAUCACAUUAUAACGUCCAUAUGUACAAAAAUAUAAACCUAGUAUAUGGAAACCAAUACAGUGCUAACACAUCAAAAUCAAAUGAACCCUAUUUUAUUAUAUAUAUUUCAUUGUAAGUGUUUACAAUUGUGCCUUAACUCUGUAUUUAACGGUUCUCU